AUGGCAGAUCAGUCUUUUGUGACGCUAGCUACCAAUGAUUCUUAUGUGAAAGGAGCGCUUGUAUUGGGGUCAUCUCUACGGGACUCCAGGACAACAAAGAGGCUGACAGUACUUAUAACUCCUCAUGUUUCUGAUCCAAUGAGGCAAGUCUUGGAAAAAGUCUUUGAUGAAGUAAAACCGGUAGAUGUAUUAGACAGCGGAGACUCUGCCCAUCUUGCGCUACUCAAAAGGCCUGAGCUUGGUGUUACGUUGACAAAAAUCCACUGCUGGGAACUGACACAUUAUUCAAAGUGUGUGUUCAUGGAUGCUGAUACAAUGGUUUUAUCCAAUAUUGAUGAACUGUUUGAAAGAGAAGAGCUUUCUGCAGCACCAGAUCCUGGCUGGCCAGACUGCUUUAAUUCUGGAGUCUUUGUCUUCCGACCUUCCAUCGAAACAUUCAAUCAGUUGCUACAACUCGCCACAGAAAAGGGCAGCUUUGACGGUGGGGACCAGGGAUUAUUAAACACCUUUUUCAGCAGUUGGGCAACUACAGACAUUAGCAAGCACCUGCCUUUUAUUUAUAACCUAAGCAGUAUUUCAAUCUACUCCUACCUCCCAGCAUUUAAAGCGUUUGGGACAAAUGCAAAAGUGGUGCACUUCCUGGGCAGAAUGAAACCAUGGAACUACUCGUAUGACUUCAAAGCAAAAAGUGUCAAAGACGACGCUCAUGAUCCCACAGUGGUUCAUCCUGAGUUCCUCGACAUGUGGUGGGAUAUCUUCGUCACAAACAUCUUGCCGUUACUACAGCAGCACGGUGCUAUUAAAGACACAGCCACUGGUGUUAAGGCGCUAUCGGGCUUGGUCUAUACACUGGCUUUCUCUUGUGGCUUCUGCAGAGAGGAGGAGGUCGCAGAGGCAGUGUCCCACCUGUCGCUUUCCUCCGGGGCACUGGCCCCUUCGCCCCCACCGGCCAUGUCUUCAGAAGAAAGGAAAGAGCGAUGGGAGCAGGGCCAGGCUGACUACAUGGGAGCAGACAGCUUUGAUAACAUCCAGAAAAAACUUGACUCCUACCUCCAGUAGAGAGGAACUUGUAUCUGCUCCACAGACAUCAGCAAUACAAGGACUUGUUCCAGAGUUGCAGCAAC